GCCAUUGGAUAAAAUCAUAUGGCGUUCUAAAGACGUCUGCUGGUCGUAAUCUGGCAGUUCAAAAAGAAACAUGUCUCUUCAGUUGCCGGCAAUAGUUCGGCUUACAAAUGCUGCGAAAACAACGGUGUACCAUUGGUGCGAAGAAGUUGGCAGAAUUGUUGAUGAAUACGGCGUGAAGGAACUGCAGAAUGUGUUGCCCUUGAUUACGGACACCCUUUUUGAACUGCACAUUCAGUCAGGAUGGAGUUUGAGAACCUUGACUAAAGCCAAUAAUCCCCGUGAUUUUGAUGUUGUGGCUCACUUGCUUUCUCCUAGAGGACCUGUAAUACAUCUUUGCUACAAGCUACUUGGGGACAGCACAAUCAAAUAUGAAUUCCCACUUAGUUACAUACCAGUUGCGACUCGGCAUCUGCUUGAGGAGGGAGUGUUGCCGUCAUUUUAUGUGGGAAAGCUACAGUAUCAUCCCCAUCUUAGAGUACCCUCAUCCCUCGUUCUAAACUCAUUUGAAUACUACAUAAUGCACUUUUUGUACUACCUCGUCAAUCCAAGUCUUCAAAAAUAUGCCACAACUUCUUGUGGGAGUGAUUCUGUUUACUUCACGAUACUGGAGGAGUACUUACAGUACUUUUUACCUUUAAGUGGAUGUGAUCCAGAAAUGAUCCCAGUACCAUCUCAGGUAUCACCGUACGGUUCCCCUGUUUAUUCUACUCCUCCAAAACCAAGAUUCGAGACUUCGGUAAGACAGAUGACUCCUUCGUUGCUCAAGAAAUCCUCUCUCACACCUAGUAGUAGUGGAGCUGGGGCCAGUUCACUAACAGCUGAGAGAACUUCGCAUCACGACGCAUGGCGUACCAUGAUGAUAUUGCAGGCGAUCAACGAAUUGUGGUUAAGUCACGUAACGUCAAAAGAAAAUUCAAACUUACAAGCCGGAAGUUCUCCUAGAAGUCAAAUCAAUGUUCUUCAGGCUGUGGUUUUCCUUCCCAGCUUAGAUCAUUUGAGAGCUGUAAGAGUACUGAUAAAACAUCUCCAUUACUUUUCAAAUAGCGUAGGACCCAAUAUUAUAUCCGGAGUGGAUGAGUUAAAGAGAACGGUGUGGACCUAUUUUCAGAAAAAGCUGUACGUUUUCCUACGGCAUACUCUUGAACAUUGGCCCCUGGACGCCUCAUUCCGUCUUUUUCUAGAAACUUGGUUAAGUUACAUUCAGCCAUGGCGGUAUGUCUCCAACGCACCGAAAGUAAAUGACAACGAUAAAGUUGUUGAUUGGAAAUGGCAAAAUUUCGUUGCCGAAAAUCUUCUUUUCUACACCCUCUUUCUACAAAAAGUCAUCCUGAGGUUUUUACGUGUCGAACUUUCAUCGCCGAAAAAUUGCUUGAUGCUCUACAGAAUUUCCAAAGUUUACUCUCAGAGAAACCUCAAAGAAAUGAUUUCCGUUGCAGAGCGGUCAUUGAACGAGGGGAUUUCAGCGUCUAAAAGUGGCAGCAGUUCACAUGUCGCCGUGAGCGUCCGCCAAUACAUCAAUGAUUUGGAAAAUCCAUCGUUUAAUUAUGUGCCACUCUUUGGACAAGAAACCACACUACAGAUCCGAACCAUUUUGGCAUGUUCGGCGAGAGUUAAAUCAAAUCUUAGGUUAGCGACACUACCUGUAACUCUCGGGAAGAAACAGAGCACCUUUUCGUGGUUAUGCGAUUGGCUCAUGAUAUCUGGGUCCACCACCUCAGACGAGAAUGGAGAAGACAUAAAAAAGGCGUUAAAUCACUUGGAACAAUCGUCUGCCCAGCUCGCCGCUUUCUUUGACGUGGAAAUCCCUUCCGAACCUGAACCCGAUUCUGUACUUCAAACGUCAUAUGGAAGUCCAUCCGUUUUCCGGACGCCUGUUCGUGGAUUACAAGAUUCGGCUUCUGGAACAUCGAUGUUAGGAUCACCUUUCAGUCCUCAAAAACGCUAUGAUUUGACAUACGGUGGUAAUCCGGACACACAACCCAUCCGCAGCUAUGAAAUCGCAUUCCUCGUCCGCAUAUUUAAUCAAAUUUGUAGCAACAUUAAUGAAAAGUUCGGACCAGAGCUGGAACAGUCGUACGAUCGACCUGAUUUCGUCGGGCGCGUCGUUCGGCAGUUAUUGGUUCCGCCGACUACUUAUCAAGAGGUGGUGAAACACUACGGAACUCCGAGAAAUAUCCAGAAGCGCUUAGGUCCGCGUGUGUGUCUUCGGAAGCUUGCAAGCCAACAGGUGGUCGGUUACGUGUUGGGCGUUUUCAUUUUGGCAUAUUCUUUUGGAUGGCCCCCCGAGAUUCUGUUGCUGUUGCUGGCAUCUUGUGUGUGUGCUGUUAUAUUUGUUCGAGCUUCUUUAGAGACUUGGCGAGAAUCUGGCGGCCGUAUUUCUAUCGAUGCCGAAGAUUCUUAUGCAGAUCGCUAUUGAAUUCGUCUUUUGUAACUGUUUAAAUCACAGAUCCAUUUCAUCCCAUACACGAAAUUACAAUUAAA